AUGAGAGUGUCUGAGAGAGAGUACGAGAGAGAGUACGAGAGCGAGUAUGAGAGAGUGUACGAGAGAGAGUAUGAGAGAGAGUACGAGAGCGAGUACGAGAGCGAGUACGAGAGAGAGUACGAGAGAGAGUACGAGAGAGAGUACGAGAGAGAGUACGAGAGAGAGUACGAGAGAAGUGAGAGCGAGUAUGAGAGAGAGUACGAGAGAGUGUACGAGAGAGAGUACGAGAGAGAGUACGAGAGCGAGUACGAGAGCGAGUACGAGAGCGAGUACGAGAGCGAGUACGAGAGCGAGUACGAGAGCGAGUACGAGAGCGAGUACGAGAGAGAGUACGAGAGAGAGUACGAGAGAGAAGCGAGUAGCGAGUACGAGAGCGAGUACGAGAGCGAGUACGAGAGCGAGUACGAGAGCGAGUACGAGAGCGAGUACGAGAGCGAGUACGAGAGCGAGUAUGAGAGAGAGUACGAGAGAGAGUACGAGAGAGAGUACGAGAGAGAGUACGAGAGAAGAGUACGAGAGAGUGAGAGCGAGUAUGAGAGUGAGUAUGAGAGAGAGUACGAGAGAGAGUAUGAGAGUGAGUAUGAGAGAGAGUAUAAGAGUGAGUAUGAGAGAGAGUACGAGAGCGAGUACGAGAGAGAGUACGAGAGCGAGUACGAGAGAGAGUACGAGAGCGAGUACGAGAGCGAGUACGAGAGCGAGUACGAGAGCGAGUAUGAGAGAGAGUACGAGAGCGAGUAUGAGAGAGAGUACGAGAGCGAGUAUGAGAGAGUGUACGAGAGAGAGUAUGAGAGAGUGUACGAGAGAGAGUACGAGAGAGAGUACGAGAGAGUAUGA